CUUCGGCCCCUCCCGCCUCCGGCGGCGCACGGAGCGCAUCAGGCCUGAGCGGUAAGUGCUUCACCGUUCGAAAGGGGGUUCUGCCUUUCAGGUAAAGUGCAGAGAAAUAAAAUAGGUGAUAAAACGUGUUGACGGUGUUUACAGGAAAGGGGUUGGAACGGGGCAUGCGCUAAACAUGGAGGAAGAAGAGGAAGACUACAUGUCUGAUUUAUUUAUUAAACAGGAUGUAAGGCCAGGUUUGCCCAUGGUGAGGCGGGUGAAGGAAGCUCUUCAGAAAGAAGAAAAGCAAAAAGAAGCCAACGAGAAGAACAGACAAAAGAGUAUAAAAGAAGAAGAAAAAGAGAGACGUGACUUGGUACUGAAAAGUGCAUUGGGCAGUGAGAACAAAGGCUUUGCUUUGCUCCAGAAGAUGGGCUACAAGAGCGGCCAGGCCCUUGGCAAAAGUGGAGAAGGCAUUGUUGAACCUAUUCCUCUGAACAUAAAAACAGGCAGAAGUGGGAUUGGUCAUGAGGAAUUAAAAAAGAGAAAAGCUGAAGAAAAACUGGAAAACUAUAGACAAAAACUCCAUAUGAAAAAACAAGCAAAUGAACAAGCUGCAGAUCAGUUCAGAAUAAGAUUUAAAAACAAACAAGAAGAACGUAAGAUGGAAGGGGACCUCCGAAAAAGCCAGAGGGCCUGCCAGCAAUUAGACAUGCAAAAAGAUAUUGAUGUUCCUAAGGAGAGUUGGUACUGGCUAGAACCUGAAGAGGAAGACGAAAACGAUGAGGAAGACAAGGAAGAUGAAUGCACAAGCUCAGACUUAAGUGUAUCGGAAAAGCUGCACCUCCUGACUGCCUAUUUGAGAGAACACCACUUUUACUGCAUUUGGUGUGGCAUAACCUAUGAAGACUCUGAAGAUUUAUCUUCAAACUGCCCUGGAGACAGUGCUGCAGAUCAUGACUAACCGCCUUCUAAAGGAAAAACCCCUAGAUAAGUAUGUAUAGUUCAUAAUAUCUUUUGGAAGGUAUGGAGCUGUGCCAUACUAAAUAAUUUAUAUCAAAGUACACAGAAGGAUAGUUUGCAGUUAAACUCACAUUUCUGAAGCAUCUUAUAGAUUCUCUACUUGAUGCAUAAAGUAAUAGGAAUUAAAACUUUGCAUUUAUAGUUGAACUACAAUAUUAGAGGCAGGUUAAGCCUUCCAUAGUCUUUGUUUAUGCCCCAUCCAACUGAACAAGACCAGCUGAUAAUAAAAUUCAGAUUUCAGUAAGGAAUAAAUACUGGCUAGUUACUCCAUUGUACAGUGUGUUAAACAUAAUUUAUUUUUCAUCUUUACAAAGAUAACUAAACAUCACUUUCUUUGCUUUACAAUCUUAGACCUGGUGGGGAAAAAAAAAUGUGAAAUAUUACAGAGACAUUAUUUGAACCAACAUUCUAUGGCACAUAAAGGUGCAUAUUUUGCGCAACUAAACAGAAUCAUAGAAUAGUUAGGGUUGGAAAGGACCUUAAGAUCAUCAAGUUCCAACCCCCCUGCCAUGGGCAGGGACACCUCACACUAAACCAUGUCACCCAAGGCUCUGUCCAACCUGGCCUUGAACACCGCCAGGGAUGGAGCAUUCACAACUUCCUUGGGCAACCCAUUCCAGUGCCUCACCACCCUCACAGUAAAGAACUUCCUCCUUAUAUCCAAUCUAAACUUCCCCUGUUUAAGUUUGAACCUAUCACCCCUUGUCCUACCACUGCAAUCCCUAAAAUAGUGCUAGAUCAUGUUGUUGGAGGAUUUUUAUAUAUAAAAUAUAUAAAUAUAAAAUAUAUAUAAAAUAUAUACAAAAAUAUUUUAAUAGACAUUUUAUUUUUAGGAAACAGCAAUUGCUACUGUAAACAGUCCCUAAUAGAAAUGUACUGCUGAAAUAACAGAUACUAGAAAAAAAGUAUCAAAAAAUAGCGGGACAGGGUCAGUAUUACUUAACAGUAGAAAGGUAAUGGUAUUAUGUAUGCUCUGUCCAAGAACUAUAAAGCUUGGCAUAUACCAGUUUUCAUAUUGCAAGAGUAGUAUAGAAGUAUAGAAUCAUUAGGGUUUGACAAGAUAUUUAAGAUUGACUACAACUGUAUGUCAGUUAAAUCCCAGUGCGUGGAAAGAGGCAGUGGAACUCCCAGAUCUUGACCACAACAGGGAAACGGUAGUUGGUAUUGAAUAGUAAAAUGCUGUAUGCAUCCCAGCCAGGGAUCAGGCUAGGGAAGCUAAAGCCCUGGUAGAAUUACAUCUGGCCAGGAACAUCAACAGUAACACCAACAUCUGUAGGUAUGUUGGUGAUAAAACAAAGACUAGGGGAAAUGUGGGCCCUCUCUGGAAGAAAACAGGAGACCUGGCUAUCUGAGACACGGAGAAGGUUGAGGUGGGCAACGAAGUUUUUUCCUCAGUCAUCACCAGCAAGUGCUCCAUCCACACCACUCAAGUUGUAGAAGGCAAAGGGCAAAGGCAGGGAUGCCUUUGGGGAGAAUGAAGAACCUGCUGUAUGCCAUCAGGCUUGAUGCCAUCUAAAGAACCUGAAGAUGCACAAGUCUGUGAGACCUGAUGAGAUGCAUCCACAGGCCCUGAGGGAACCAGCAGAUGAAGUUGCUAAGCCACUUGAGUUGGGGUUGUUCAGCCUGGAGAAGGCUUUGUCAGGACCUUUGUUAGGACCUUUGUCAGCCUUCCAGUACCCAAAGGAAGCUUACAGGAAUUCUGGAGAGAGACUUUUUACAAGGGCGUGUAGUGACAGGACAAGGAAUGGCUCUGACUGACAGGGUAAAUUCUGGUGAGACAUUAGGAAAAAAUUCUUUACUGUGAGUGUGGCAAGAAACUGUAAGAGGUUGCCCAGAGGAGCUGUGGCUGCCCCAUCUCUGGCAGUGUUCAAGAACAGGUUGGAUGGAGUUAGCAGCAAUGUGUUCUAGUGGAAGAUUUCCCUGCCUCUGUUGUAGGGGAGUUGGAACUAGAUGAUCAUUAAGGUCCCUUCCAACCCAAACCAUUCUGUGAUUGGGUAUUUGUGAUUCAUGAUAAGGCAAAAAACAAAAACCACUUCAAGCUUUAGAAAAGGAUGUAGAUCAGAUUCUUACUUAGCAAUAAAUACUUGCAGACCAGCAAUAAUUUCCAUAAGAAUAUAAAAAUUACUGUGCAUUCAUUUAUAUUAUUCCUUUUAAGCAAGCACCCACUCAAAAUCUGUUUUUGGAAGUUUAAAGCAAGUCUAAACUCUAUUACUGUAUUUUUAAGUUCUAGAGCACUGAAGGAAGUAGGUGUUCAACAGGAAUGUAGAGCUGCUGUAAAGAACUGUUGGAAAAAAAAAAAAAAAGAA